UCCUAACACCGCAUCCAGCUAAGCUCGAGUCAUGCUGAGCCAUCAUUGAAAAUAUCAGAAUAACAAGAUAGUCUCAAUGAAGUGCAUAACGAAAGAUAACUUCCAGGAUGCCCUUUACUGGAAGCAUAAAGUUAAGUUAGGGAACCUCCCUGCCUCAGUCAACUGCUGCCGAGGGUUGUGGUGAAGUGCGGCAGCCACUCUUCCUUAUUUCCUUUCCACCUUAGCAACAGAAACUGAAACAGUUGCAUAAAAAAAAACCUGUAUCUACAAGUGUGAAGAAAAUGGGGCAGGAAAGGAUCAACCUGGAUGCCCCACGGUACAGCCAGUCUCAGUUCACUGGGCGGCUGAGACACUUCCUGGGCAUCACUGACUGGCGGCUUUGCUUCAAGAAUGAUGCAGAACUAAACCAUGCCAAGGACAUCCUUCAGAAGUACAGAUUGGGCCAGGAGCCACCAGGCACGACAGAAGAGAUGAUCUGGCAGGCCAAGAGAGUCUAUGAGUCAGCUUUCCACCCUGACACAGGAGAGAAACAAAACCUUAUUGGACGCAUGAGCUUCCAGGUUCCGGGUGGCAUGCUGCUCACUGGGGCCAUGUUAACCUUUUACAAGUCUACCUCAGCAGUUGUGUUCUGGCAGUGGGCUAACCAGUCAUUCAAUGCCCUUGUCAAUUACACAAAUCGGAAUGCGAAGUCUCCGCUGACUGUUGAACAGAUGGGGAUUGCCUAUGUGUCAGCUACUGGUGCAGCUCUAGCUACAGCUCUUGGCCUUAAGAGUUAUUUGAGUGGUCGAGUGUCCAGUCUUGUGCAGAGAUAUGUGCCAUUUGCAGCAGUGGCAGCAGCUAACUGCAUCAACAUUCCCUUGAUGCGUCAAAACGAGAUAGUGAAUGGCAUUAUUGUGUGUGAUGAGAAUGGAAAUGAACUUGUUAACUCCAAGGUGGCAGCUGCAAAGGGCAUCUCUCAAGUGGUCUUUUCUCGCAUCUUCAUGGCAGCUCCAGGCAUGACUAUCCUUCCAGUGAUUAUGGAACGUCUGGAAAAGCAAAACUGGCUUCGGAAUUAUCCAAAACUUAAUGCACCAUUCCAGAUGCUAAUGUGUGGUGCAAUACUUACAUUCAUGACUCCUACAGCCUGUGCACUCUUCAACCAGCGUUGCUCAAUCAGCACUGCAACCUUAGCCAGACUGGAGCCUGAUGCUCAUAAAGAGCUGGAGAAGAAGUGUGCAGGAAACAUGCCUGCUGUGGUAUACUUCAACAAGGGACUGUAACAAGUGCAGCAUUCCUUGCUCACCAUGGGGACAAGGUUGUGGGUUUUUAAUGUUACCAACUUGGGAAUCACAUAGGUUUUAUUUUUUUAUGCUCAUUGGUUGGUUGUGGGGAUUGAUUUUGAUCUAAAGAAAACUUGAAAAUAAUGAAAGAUAAACUAUUGUGAUCCAUUGAUAUUAAUAGCUUUCUGUGCAAGUCUUGACACAUUAUUGAAGUUUCAUAUAAAUUCACAUGCAUACUAGAAAAUCAUGUAUUAGAAGUGACUAGCACAACAUAUUGGGCAUUACAGAAUAUUUUACUGCAAUAAUGCCAAUAGGUAAACCAAGGAAGCAGUGUUUCAACUUAAUGUACAUCUGAAACCUCAUUCCCUCUAUAAACUCCUUCCAGGUGAUCAUGUGCAAUACAAACGUCAUAGGUAUUCUUUCUUGUACACAUACUCUUGCUUUCUCACAGCUACCUCACUGAUUUGAUUAUCUCUAUAUGAAGAACAUUUACUCUGCUUCCUACAGCAUAGGCAGUCCUUCUCUGACACUUGUUACAUCAGUUUUAGUAUAAUUCAAAUUGUGCAAUAAUUCUGUCCCACAUGAAGUGUAAGUUAUGUAAAGUGUGUACUAUAGAUUAAUGCUUAUAUUUGCUACUUUUGUAAGGGCUUCCAUAAAGAUAAUGGUACAUAAUGUAUGAAUGAAGCAUACCACUUUUAUAUUAGUGGUAUAUUUUGCUUAUAGUGAAAUUAUUCUUGAUGUAUAUACACUAAUUACAAUAGCACAUAGCAUGAGUUAAAUAUGUGCACACUGUGAUAGGCACAUUCAUGAGAUACCUAAUUGCAUUAACUGCUUGAGCUUAGCAAGAUGAAGCUUCAAUACUCAGGGCAUGUUGUUAAAUGAAUUAAGUUAAUUAGAUACCUAAUUUUUUUUAGUAUAAUGGGACACAUACCUAACAAAAAGUGAUCUCAGAAUUGUUCCUCAUGUCAUACUGUGAUAAUUUUUGUAUUGUGUUUAAUUUUUCUCUGUAAGCCUAAACCAGUUUGGUUUGGCUCAGAAUAUCUUUCACAAACCACAAGAUCUCUUAUCUACCAAUAUCUGAUGCAUAUUCUUAAGAAAUGCACACAGAGAAUGACCAUUUUAUAAUCUUCCAUUUAUUCCUACCAUUGCAUGCUUUAAUUUAAUCCUCUCCUUUCUUCCCUUCCCUUUAAUCUGCACCAGCACUUUGCCCUUCCUGUCCUGGGAGUCUUCCUUUUAGAUCUGUUACAUGUAUCAUAUUCAUGUACAUGCACUUAGUCAUCUGCCAUUCUUUCUUGACUGUAAAUCUGUUAUACAUUUUUCAUAAAUUUCACUAUCCAUCCUCAUAUUUUUCAAAUAACUUAUUUCAACUGCUUAGCUAUCUAACUUUUGUCUUUCACUUCACUUUCAAUUCUUGCUUACAUAUGUGAUUGCUGACACAGUGCCAUCCACAACAUUGAGAUCAUUGAUAUAAAAUCCAUGUGCAUUCCUUAAGAAUGGAUGGGUGAACUGAAAAGAAGUGGAUGAAUGGGACUGGAAACCAGGAAUAGAUGAGUAAAAAAUGACUGGAAACUGGAAACAAAUAGAUGGAAGGUAUGGUAACUGGAAAUUAGGAAUGCCCAAGAUAAAAAGACUGGGAGAUGGGAAAUAUGUGUGUAAGAUAAAAAAAAAAAAAAAAACUAUAACAUGAAGAGGAAGGAGAUCUGUAAUGUAUUAAGCACAUACAAGCAAUAAGUAAAGAAAUUAAAGGAGACAGGAUCACUCCUUUACCUUUAGGAAUAAGCACACAAAAUUUAUCAUGUGUUGUAUUUGAAAUUUUGGCAUAGACACAGGUAUAGGCUAGCACUAAGGUCCAUCACAGCCAUGCUUAGUAUGGUAAAGUUUAAAAUGAGUGUGUUACAUAUUUUUAAGAAUAUGGAGAUACAUCAAAGACAGGGUUCAUGAUAAAAACUGGUAACCAAUUGUCACCAACAUAUCAAGUAAAAUUUAAUUUUUUUUCUAACUUGCACAUUAUUUCUUAAUAAGAUGUAAAGGAAUAAAUGAUGAUUACAGUACCUAUAUGUAAAUACUGUAGUAAACACCUUUAUUAAGUCUUCCAAACAUAGUAGAAAAUCACGAGUGUAUAAGUAACUCUAAACUAUCAUUAGUUUCAUCAUUUGAGGAAGUAGACCAUAGCAAAGAUAUCUUUAAGUAAUCCCUUCCUGGCAGUAUGGCAGUUGUAUGCACUAACAAAUAAAAAUACAUCUAUU